GUCAGCUCUGUGGUCCUACUCCACUCUCAGCAAUCACCUUAUUAAUCUCCAUAUUACUCCUCCUCCUUCCUUUACUCUUUCAUUUCCCAAUUUCACAUAUGGCCACCUAAAGAACACAAUACAAACAAAACAAACACUUAUUUUUUUUUCAAGAAUGGUAAGCAAAUGGUAAAGGGGCCUUUUUUGUUUUAGCAGUGAAAAAGGAGACCUUUUUUGUUUCUUUUGGUGAAACCCCAUAUUAAAAAGAGCUGAUUCUUGAAUUUCUGAUAAGGGGUUUUAGUAGUUUCGUUUCAAAAUGGUAAGUAAAUGGGGGAAAGUGAAAUUGGCUUUUGGUUUGAAUCUUUGUGCUUAUAUUCCCAAAGGAACAGUGGAUGAUAAUGAUGACAGUGGCAGUUCAACAGUUUCUGAGUCAGAAAGAAAUUCCGGCGCCGCCCUUUUGUCGCCGGCGAUGGCUGAUUGGGACAUUGCUCCGGCGACUCCAAGGUCACAUGGGUUAAAGCUGUCGAAGAGCUUAAGUAGAUCUUCUAAGAAAACAUGCUCGAUAUGUUUGGCUUCAAUGAAGAGAGGGGACGGUCAUGCGAUAUUCACUGCUGAAUGUUCACAUUCAUUUCACUUCCAGUGUAUUGCUUCAAAUGUAAAACAUGGAAAUCAAGUUUGCCCAGUUUGUAGGGCCAAAUGGAAAGAAAUUCCUCUGCAGUGUCCCAGCCUGGAUCCUCCCAUUGGGAGGGCUAGAGUCAAUCCUGUCGAAUGGCCCCAAAAUAAUGCACUAAUGACUGUAAUACGUCGUUUACCGACAACCCGCCCAACUGCCAAUCGGCAUAUUUCCCCAUUAUUUCAGGCUCCUGAGCCAGCCGUCUUUGAUGAUGAUGAAUCUUUGGGUAAUCAACUCAACUCUACUGAGGAAAGUGCUUCAGAUAACAGUUCGAUAAAUGGUUGUGGCAACAGGAAAGUGAAGAUUGAAAAUUACCCAGAGGUUCUGGCAAUCUCAGGGUCUAGUGCUUCAGAUAACUUCACUGUGUUAGUCCAGCUGAAGGCUCCUGGUUCAGUUUCAGCACAAGAUCCAAGUGGAAACCAGGUAAAUUUGUCCCAGGUUUCCCAAACGCCUCGUGCCUCUGUUGACCUUGUCACCGUUCUUGACAUCAGUGGAAGUAUGGCUGGCACUAAACUUGCACUACUAAAACGGGCUAUGGGUUUUGUGAUACAGAAUCUUGGUCCCAAUGAUAGGCUGGCAGUAAUUGCCUUCUCUUCGACGGCUCGCCGCCUCUUCCCUCUUCGUAGGAUGUCCGAAACAGGACGGCAGCAAGCACUGCAAGCCGUAAACUCCCUAGUUGCAAAUGGAGGGACAAAUAUUGCUGAAGGCCUGAGAAAGGGUGCCAAGAUAAUGGAAGAUCGUAGGGGAAAGAAUGCAGUUGCUAGUAUAAUACUGUUGUCUGAUGGUCAAGAUACAUAUACAGUCAGUAGUAAUUCUGGUAGUAGUCGGCAGCAACCUAACUACAAGUUGCUUCUGCCUUUGUCCAUUCAUGGUGGAAAUAGUUCAGGGAUUAAAAUACCGGUACAUGCUUUUGGGUUUGGUGCCGAUCAUGAUGCUUCAUCAAUGCAUUCGAUAUCAGAGAUUUCAGGAGGAACAUUUUCUUUUAUUGAGACAGAAGGCGUCAUACAAGACGCUUUUGCUCAAUGCAUUGGAGGCCUUCUCAGUGUUGUAGUGAAGGAGCUUCAGGUAAGCAUUGAGUGUCUUCACCCGGAUGUCUACCUUAGCUCUUUAAAGGCAGGAAGCUAUCCAAACCGCUUAAUGUCUGGCGGACGCAUGGGAACAAUUGAUGUUGGGGAUUUAUAUGCUGAUGAAGAACGAGAUUUCCUGGUUUCGAUCAAUAUCCCCACUGAAUCUUCUUGUGCAGAAACAUCAUUGUUAAAGGUUAAGUGUGUAUAUGUGGAUCCUUUCACAAAAGAAAAGGUUUCCGUCAGAAGUGAAGAUCUUACGAUCAAGAGACCUGAAAAGGCUGGACAAGAGAGUGUUUUGAUUGAAGUGGACAGGCAGCAGAACAGGCUCCAAGCAGCUGAGGCAAUGGCACAAGCACGAGCAGCUGCUGAGAAAGGAGACCUGGUUGGCGCGACUUCCAUCCUCGAGAACUGCAGAAGGUUGUUGUCAGAGUCAGAGUCUGCUAAAUCUCAUGAUCGGCUUUGUGUCGCGCUUGAUGCUGAGCUCAAGGAGAUGCAGGAGAGGAUGGCAAGCAGACAUGUAUACGAAGCAUCAGGAAGGGCAUAUAUCUUAUCAGGGCUGAGCUCACACUCGUGGCAGAGAGCAACAACACGAGGUGACUCUACAGACGGUUCAAGUCUUGUCCAAGCGUACCAAACCCCUUCCAUGGUCGAUAUGGUAACUCGCUCUCAGGCUACAUUACUCGGAAGCCCUUCAGCUCAAAGACAUGUUCGGCCAGGGUGGUCAUUUGCAUCACAACCAAAGCCUAGGUAACAGUUACAUAACCAAAACCGAAGAUGUCACUUCUGCUGCUCUUUAAGUCCUUCCUCUUUCUAUUACUAAUAGCCUUCGGUGUGGAGUGGAGUAAAAGGAAGGAUGAGAAGUUUUUGAAUAUCCGUAUAUUGAUGUCUAUGCUUGUAAAGGAAUAAACUUCGGCCAAAGGGAAUCGGUGAAACGUGCAAUAUAGUUUUGGGAAAUGGUAUGUAAGGGCAGACUAGUUAGAUUCUUGUGACUUCAUUUUUGUCCUUUUUUUUGGGUGUUUUUUGACUUCAUGUUGUUGGGGGUGAUGUAUAUAAUGUGAGAUGUCAUAUAUCUCUGGAUUAAAGGUUAUAAGUUUGUAACUGUGGGAUUUACUCAGAGAACUGUCAUUUAUGUAUAAAAUCCUGCAAAGUGAUUCUUUCCCUUGA